CCCGCAUCCGCCACCCUCCUUUCUCUCUCUAAAAACCCUCUCUCUCUCUCUCUCUCUCUCUAGAACUCUGGGUUUGUACCUUCAGAGAUGGUGGUUCAAGACGAUUGGACGAGGGCGGCGAUGACCGAUGACGUGCUCGUGGUCGAGCUACUGCUGCGGCUCAAGCAGGUGCAGGCGGCGGGGCCGUCGUCUUCUCUGCGGUCUUCGUCACCGAUGUCGCAGUCUCUUUUGACGCUCAGGUGGGGUGUAAGGAUGCCACGCUCCAAAGCGGCGUCGUCCGGUUCCAGAUUCGACGGCGGCGUCUCACACCAGAGGAACAGCGGCAAGAACGGCGCCGAUUCCACCACUAGAUGCAGCCCCACGACUCCGCUUUCAUGGAGCGGCGGUACCGGCUCUCUAUCCGCCACCGCCGACGGCUUUGAAGAGUCCAGCUGCCCCAGAUCCAAGGGUAAUGGUACAUAUGAAUCCACCAGCACCACCAAUGCCGCCAAGAGGGCAAGGAGAAAGAAGACAUAUGCUGAGCUUAAAGAGCAGGAAAGUUCGUUGUUGAAGGAAAGGACACAUCUGGAAAAGGAAAUAGCGACCUUACAAGCAACUUUCAAGGAGCAAAGAGCCAAAAAUGACAACUUUAAGAGAAUCAAGAUUGAUUUGAACUUGCAUUCUGCAAGGAAUUUGAGUGCAAACUUUGACGGAGCAGGGAAAGCAAUUUCCAGCCAACCCCAUGAGAGAAUAGCUUCUUCGAGUAACACUGCGUACUGCAUUCCUUCGGAUUUGCCUCCACGUCCACACCCGCAAUUGGACUCUUGCGUUGAAAGCAAUGAUGCUCCGGCCCGGGAUAAUUCCUUCUUGCUGCCUGAUUUGAACAUGGUGCCGGCAGUUGAAGAAUCCAGUUCCGAAAUGCUGUAUGGGAUGAGCUGAGGAAAGAAAAGCGGUGCUCCGGUCCGGUCUAACAUAGCACACGCCAGAGGAGCUCACUUCAGUAGGUACUACUAUAAGUAGAAAGUCAAGGGUAUUAUUCAGUAAGUUACGGAUUUAACCUGGUCUGUUCCCGGUUGCUUGGAGUUGUAUGGGGGUUAAAUUAGUAAAAUUAGCAAUAUCAAAAGCCUAAUGGCUGUAGAGAUUGUGCUUUUAUGUCACAGGUUCCUGCUUUUUAGGGUAAACCCUCAAUAUUUCUCUCAAUGUCGCGUUGAAAUUAUAUUAGAUCCAUCAAAAUUGUAUCAUUCUUUGUAGUUGAAACGUUGUCCUAUUUUUCCUCAUCCGAAAUUCAAUUUAUAGUUUCAGUCCCA